AUGUCACCCGCGACGCAGAGGCGCGGCGAGAGCCCCCGAAAGGUCUCUUUAGGCGUGACAGUCAGUCACCACUGCCGGAAGCCCCCUGGACAGAUAGCACCUCAGCGCCUGCGGAUUGCACAUGCUCCGUAUGUUAUAGUGCAGCAAGGCUGUGGCCGUGGGGCGCGGGCACCGGGACACGCGGCUGGCAGGCUGGGCAGGGUAGAGCGAGACAGCGACCGCCGCGCUUCCCGAGAAGGCUGCGCCGGCUGCGGGGCUCCGCGCAGGGGAGGACAGUCUGCGACCCGCGCGGCUGCGGCGCGCGCUGACAGCCCGGGCCGCCCCGACACUCCGAUUGGCCCGCGGCGGGCCAAUCAGAGGCCGCGGCUCUCACUGCAAAGGGGGCGUGGCCUCAACUCCCAGGCCGCCUCCGAAACUCUGGCCGCAAGUACAAAGCGGGCUGGUGGCCGCUCUGCAGCGCUGCUCCCGCCGCGCGCUUCCCUGUGGGCCGACACCCCCGCGUCCCUGAAACCUUUUGAAAAAUGCCCUUUCGAACGCAAGCUCCCGCCUGGGGGCUUGGCGGGUACGGAUCGGGGGAAGUUUGUUUCCUUUUUCAAAUUGUUCUGGUCACCUUAACGGUCUGAGGCUUCCGGAGUCGCGCCUGCAGCCCCGCGGCCCCCCAUCUGGUCUGGGCAGGGCCGUUCCUCUUCUCCCGCGUUAAAGACGCGCCAGCCAUUUCUUCUCUUUUGCCAGCUCUUCCAGGCGGGCUGGGGGGCCUCGGAAUAGCUUCCUCUCCAACUUUCAAAGACAGCACAUUUCACUUAACUAUUUGAAGUAUUUAUAGGCAAAUACAAUACCCUGAGAAGCCUCCUGCCCCAAGACAGCUCCUGCUUGCAACCUACCACAGACUGUAAUUAGAGUGGCCAGAGGAAGCCAGGAGAAGCUCCAUGACCCGGAUGGCUCAGGCCAAGUCUCUCUGCGUUUAAUGUAGGAGCCCCUCCCUGUCCGCGCGUGGGAAGCACCGGCUCCACAGGUUCCUCGACUUUAAUUCCCCCGAGAAUUUGUCUCAGGUACCCAAUGGGUUUCUCGCUGGGAAUUGGAAGAUAUGAUAUGGGCAGGCCAGACCCCUCUAAUUCAUAGGAGAGCUUUCACCCAGUAGAACUUCCGGAUUUAAAUCAGGCAAGUUCUUUGACUUUGCAUCCAUCCUUAUAAAGCUUUGGUUUUCACUUAGAGUAAGGAGGGGGUUUGACUAUGUAUGUACUAUACCCUGUUGUUUGAAUAAAUGAGAUAGCUUAUGACGGUCCUUUAGCAUAGGUCCCUGGAGAAGUGAGAGCCCAGUAGAAAUUGGGUAUUAUUCCCCUCCACCUUUUUUUUGUUUUGUUUUUUAGGGCCUCACCCGAGGCACAUGGAGGAACUUAGGCUAGGGGUCUAAUCAGAGCUGUAGCGCCGGCCUAAGCCACAGCCACAGCAACGCAGGAUCCGAGCAGUGUCUGCGACCUACACCACAGCUCACUGCAACGCGGGAUCCUUAACCUACUGAGUGAGGCCAGGGAUCUAACCCCAAACCUCAUGGUUCCUAGUCGUUACCGUUGCGCCACUACGGGAACUCCGUUAUUCCUAUUAUUGAAUUACUGCUACUUGCAAACAGCUCCCCCCCAACCCAGUGAUCACUGUUUAUAAGUUGUUUGUCUCUCCUCUGUCUCUGAGAUACAGAUUUUCACAGUAUGUUCACCCUAUAGCCUGGUUUUCAGUGCUGAUAGCAUUUAUUUGUCAUUAUUCAGAUCUCAGGAAACUUCAAAGUUUUAAAACAAUCUCUUAAAGCAGCAUUAAGAAAUGAGAUGACUUUUUACCCUGCCCUGUUCUCUCUCCCCACCUUAUCUCCACCAGUUCUAUGUAGCAACUUUGUACUCUAGUGAGGCUGAAAUGUACAGUCUUGUAUAUAAUUUCAAGUAUUCCUUCCUCUGAAAUUAAAGCACAUAUGGUCUGUGCCACUUACUUAGCACUCAGCCCUUUAUCAUCUGAUGCCACCUUUUUAUUUAUCAUUUUAUGUUUAUUUUCCUCUUAAGGAGUAGGCCUCUUGGAGUUCUCAUCAUGGCUCAGCAGGUUAAGCACCCAACAUUGUAUCCUGGAGGAGGUGAGUUCCAUAUGCUGCCUCACUCAGUGGGUUAAGGAUCUGGCAUUGUCAGCAAGCUGUGAUGUAGGUCUCAGAUGCAGUUCAGAUCUGGCUUUGCUGUGGUUGUGGCACAGGCUGGCAGCUGCAGCUCAGAUUUGACCCCCUUGCCUUCGAACUUCCUCCUACACAGGUGCGGCCCUAAAAAGAAUUGAAA